CCCUCAUUUCAGGGUUAACAUACUCAGAGUUUUCACUUAACCUCCUUUCUGAAAUGGGCCCCAGAUCUCCUGGGUCAAAUUGGGUUUUUUAAAUUAAGGGAUUAAUUGCCAGUUUGACAGUUUGAGACAUGUCCUGAAGUGAAGAGUGAGCAAUAUUGAGAAGGCUUCUCAAAUUACUUUCAGUAGCUUAGUGGGUAUACGAUGGUUUUGAUGGUUAAGUUAGUUUUGAUGCUUUACAUGUAUAAAUGUUUUGAUCUUUUGCUUUGUGCCAUUAAAGUGGUGUUAACUUUUUUUGGUGUCUUUUUUCACCUUAGACCUGAUGGCACUGAAAGAGGAGAGUGAAGUAUGGAAUGAAAUAGAAGAGAAAGAUCAACAUAACAAUCAUCAUGAUGUCUUUGCUGGAGAAAAAUUGUGUAGUUGCUCACAGCCUGAAAACAAUUCCUCACAAAACAUGGCUCAAAAGACAGGGAUUAGAAGUCAUUUCAGCUGCAAACAGUGUGGAAACAGGUUCAAACUAAAAGGAAACUUUAACAGGCACAUGAAAAUUCACACUGAGAAGCCUUACACAUGCCCUCAGUGUGGAAAGAGUUUCAUUCAGAAAGGACACUUUAUAGACCACUUGAGAAUUCACUCUGGAGAGAAACCCUAUACAUGCCUUCAGUGUGGAAAGAGUUUUGAUCAACAUGUAAGCCUUAAAGUCCACAUGAAAGUUCACACCGGAGAGAAGACUUACACCUGCCAACAGUGUGGAAAAAGAUUCACCCAAAAAGGAAGUCUUAAUUACCACAUGAGAAUUCACACUGGACAGAAGCCUUACACCUGCCAACAGUGUGGAAAGAGCUUCAAUCAGAAAGGACACUUUAAAGACCACAUAAGAAUUCACACUGGAGAGAAGCCUUUCACCUGCCAACAAUGUAGAAAAAGUUUCAACCAAAUAGGAAUCCUUAACAGGCACAUGAGAAUUCACAAUAGAGAGAAGCCUUACACCUGCCAACAGUGUGGAAAGAGUUUCACUGAACAUGGAAGCCUUUUAGUCCACAUGACAAUUCACACUGGAGAGAAGCCUUACACCUGCCAACAGUGUGGAAUAAGUUUCACUAUUAAAGGAAGCCUUAAGAGGCACAUGAGAAUUCACAAUAGAUCAAAGCCUUACACAUGCCAUCAGUGUGGAAAUAGUUUCACUGAAAAUGGAAGCCUUGUAGUCCACAUGAGAAUUCACACCGGAGAGAAGCCUUACACCUGCCAACAGUGUGGAAAAAGCUUCACUCUUAAAGGAAACCUUAACAGGCACAUGAGAAAUCCCAAUAGAGAGAUGCCUUACAUAUGCCUUCAGUGUGGAAAGAGUUUCACUGAACAUGGAAAACUUGAAGUCCACAUGGGAGUUCACACUGGAGAGAAGCCUUAUACAUACUCUCUGCUUGGAAAGACUAUUAUUCAAGAAAGGAAUCAUAAAGUCCACAUGAAAGUUCACACCGAAGAGAAACCCUACACCUGCCAACAGUGUGGAAAAAGUUUCACCCAAAAAGGAAACCUUGACAGGCACAUGAAAAUUCACACUGGAGAAAAGCCUUACAUGUGCCUUCAGUGUGGAAAGAGUUUCAUUCAGAAAGGACAAUUUAAAGUCCACUUGAGAAUUCACUCUGGAGAGAAACCCUAUACAUGCUCUCAAUGUGGAAAGGGUUUCAACCAGAAAGGACACUAUGCAGUCCACAUAAGAAUUCACACUGGAGAAAAGCCUUACACCUGCCAACAGUGUGGAAAAAGUUUCAACCAAAAAGGAAUCCUUAACAGUCACAGGAGAAUUCACAAUAGAGAGAUACCUUACACGUGCCCUCAGUGUGGAAAGAGUUUCACUAAAUAUGGAAACCUUGUAAUCUACAUGAGAGUUCACACGGGAGAGAAGCCAUUUAUAUGUGGUCAAGGUACAAAGAAUUUCAGAUAUAAAGAAACACUUGAGUACCGCACAAGGAUUCAUUUGUAAGAGAACGGUUUUAUAUGUCUUCAGUGUGGAAUGAGUUACACAGACAGGAAACAACUUGGGAAUCCUGUAAUAACUUACAGCAGAGAAAAGCCUUUCAUGGGCCAUCACAGUGGAAAGACUUGCAGAAAUAAAGCAAACCUUGAGGUUCACAUAAGCAUCCCUGAUAUACUCUGGCAGAGUUGUUUUUGGUUCUUUGCUUAGGGGUUAAAAAAAGUUCAAAAUCCCAGAGAAGCAGACUUGGGAAACAUCCCAAGUGGCUUUUAGAUAAAUAUGUAAAUAUGUGUUGCACAUUUUCCUUUCAACAAAAAAAAUAAACCCGAUGA